UAUUUAUUUCUUUCACGUCACAUGACAAAUACAUUUCCAACUCAAAGCUUCCGCAUCUGUUCCACUAAAGGCAACCAGUGCGACCAUCUCAAGAUUAUACAAUGACUUUUUCAAACAUUCGGAUUAUCCUACUGUGUUUUGUCUCUGCAAAUACACUUGGUGUGCCCCGGAAUUUCAAUGUGGACUACAAGAAUGACUGCUUCCGAAAAGAUGGGGAAGAAUUCCGCUACAUCUCAGGUAGCGUCCACUACAACAGGAUCCCCAGGGCUUACUGGAAAGACAGGCUACUCAAGAUGUAUAUGGCUGGACUAAACGCCAUUCAGACAUAUGUCCCCUGGAACUUCCACGAGCCCUCGCGGGGCCAGUACAACUUCAGUGGCGACAGGGAUCUGGAACACUUCCUCCAGCUCGCCCACGACAUCGGCCUCCUGGUAGUUUUGAGGCCUGGGCCCUACAUCUGUGGAGAAUGGGAUAUGGGCGGAUUGCCUGCCUGGCUUCUCAACAAGAAAGACAUCGUCUUGCGCUCCUCAGACCCAGAUUACAUUGCGGCUGUUGACAAGUGGAUGGGCAAGCUAUUACCUAUGAUGAAGCCUUUCCUUUAUCAGAGUGGUGGACCCAUCAUCACUGUUCAGGUGGAGAAUGAGUACGGCAGCUACUUUGCCUGCGACCGUGACUACCUCCGUCACCUGACCAAGCUGUUCCGCUCCCACCUGGGAAACGACGUGGUCCUGUUCACCACGGAUGGUGCCGGGGUCAGAUAUCUCAAGUGUGGCGCGCUGCAGGGCCUCUACGCCACCGUGGACUUUGGCCCAGGUGGGAAUGUGUCAGUGGCAUUUGAUGCGCAGAGACAUGCUGAGCCCCAUGGACCCUUGGUGAACUCUGAGUUCUACACUGGUUGGCUGGAUCACUGGGGGGAACAUCACUCAACCGUGUCCACCGCCAUCGUGGCCAAAUCCCUGAAUGAGAUCCUCGCCGUCGGAGCCAGCGUCAAUCUAUACAUGUUCAUCGGGGGUACCAAUUUUGGAUACUGGAACGGUGCCAAUGCGCCUUACGCGCCCCAGCCUACCAGCUACGACUACGACGCCCCCCUCACUGAGGCCGGAGACCUCACCGACAAAUACUUCGCCAUCCGGGAAGUCAUCAAGCUGUACCGGAAGGUGCCAGAAGGGCCUGUGCUUCCAUCAACACCUAAAUAUGCCUACGGAGCUGUGCAGAUGAAGAAGCUUCACACAGUGUCCGACGCACUAGAAGUGCUGUCUUUGUCCGGUCCGGUCAAGAGCAUCUACCCUUUGACCUUCAUUGAGAUGAACCAAGCCUUUGGUUUUGUCCUCUACCGGACCAAGCUGCCAGUGGACUGCAGUACGCCCACUCCUCUGUCCUCACCACUGAACGGUGUUCACGACCGGGCUUAUGUAUCGGUGGACGGGGUCGCCGCUGGAAUCCUGGAGAGGAACAAGGCCCUGACCAUCAAUGUGACUGGGAAGGCCGGGAGUCAGGUGGACGUGCUGGUGGAGAACAUGGGCCGAAUCAACUACGGGAAAGACAUUAACGACUUCAAGGGCCUGGUGUCCAAUCUGACAUUGGGUGCCGACACUCUGACCGGCUGGGCCAUCUACAGCCUCAGCAUCGACCAGGCCGUCAGCCAGGGUCUCCUGUGGGAACCGGGCUCCGGGGAGGCCGCUCCCCCGCCACCCUCCCCUCUCUCUGUCCCCACCUUCUACGGGGGCGCCUUCGUCAUCCCCGACGGCAUCCCAGACCUUCCACAGGACUCGUACAUCCGGUUCCCCAACUGGAGGAAGGGCCAGGUGUGGAUCAACGGUUUCAACCUGGGCCGCUACUGGCCCGCUCGUGGCCCCCAGGUGACCCUGUUCGUGCCCGCCAUCAUCCUGAGCACGGCUGCGCCCAAUAACGUGACCGUCCUGGAGCUGGAGGCGGACCCGUGCACCCCCGGGCACUGCACCGUGGAGUUCACCAGCACCCCCGUCCUGAACGCCACCGUCAACUCCGACCACAAACACCAGAGGGCGCUGUUCCGUCGAGACGAUCUCUUAUGAUGAACGAUUCUGGAGGAUGCGCCGGUGGAGUUGGAAGUGAUUGGGAUCCACUGCACAGGAAGUGAUCGAUUCGCACUGAACUUUUUAAUCUAAAAGCAAUGUUUUACAUUUUCAAUAAUGUCUGAUUCUACCUCCUACAGUGCCACUAAAUGGCACUGCCAUAUGAGACAGAUAUCCCACAGGUCUUGUGUUAAAGGGAACAAGGAAGAGUCGUUUGAACUUCAUGGGUAUUUCGUGGCUAGCAACCACAACCUUAAUCCAAACCUAAAGGUCGAGGGUGGUCUUUAGUAUUUAUUUUCCUGUCACUGACUGGCGACUCCACUCAGCGUGGCUCAAAGCUCAGCUCAGCACGUGAUUGGGGGGGGGGAAUGGUAAGCAUCGUUACUGGGUCGGACCUCAAGUUCAGGAUUUUAGAAAAGGUUGCUGUAGGCUUUUUUUGUAUAUCUUAAAAAAAAAACAGAGAUUCAAUCCAAGCAGCGCACUGUACAGCGGAUAAUGUCCACGCUUCUGUGGUGUAGUGUGUGACCACUUCCUGAAGCCUUUAAAUGGCUGCUUUGAUUGGGUUUUCCCAGAUGUUCGUAGACACGACCUUUGGCAUGUCGUCUCAAGUCUAAAUGAUCUCUCAAAGUCUGUCAGUGUCCAUGGAUGCGUGUCAAAGUAACUGUGCCUGUGUGCGCCACAUAACUGCAGGGAUACUUUCUUUUCCAUUUAUUUCUAUAAUGAAUUGUUGUACUUUUCCAUUCAUUUCUAUAAUGAAUUUUUGUACAGUGUUAAACUAGAACCAUGAUAUGCUUCCUUUGCACAUUUUGAUGAUUAUACAAACUUAGGGAUAUCCCUGUCUUGGACGUCUUCAUUUUUGUUAAUUCGAUUGGAUCUUUUAAAUGCUGUACUUUUCCACAUACAUAUUUUUUUCAACUAUUUGCAAAUUGCAGUAUGAUCAUGAAGAUUAAUCACAAAUGUCCAGAGUACCGCACCGAUCUCUCGGCGGGUUUGGAAAUACAACAUGUAAGUUAACCUGCACUUAACCACCUGUAUAAUAAUAAAUAGAUGAACCGCGUGGCAACACCA